GCGAAUAGAUACUAAAAGCACUUGAAGACUUUUUUGUGACAAGCCCAUAUACAAGGUCUCAUCAAAUCUGUGUAAAUUUGCCCCAUUUAGAGCAUUCUGGCAAUAGAGAGGGCUGUCACCAUAUCACAUCCAAUCUGUUUGAAGAAUAAGGUCAGGUAAAUCUCCACACCGUCUGAAAAGGAAAAUUUGCGUUACGUAUCGGAACGUAUCAAGGAUAUUUCUAAACUGAAUGUGUUCCUCUAGCGGCAAGAUGGUAUCUCUUCACAUUGGGUGUAAUUGCAUUUCUUGGGGGAAAAAGAAAAUGAGCAUGGCUUUAGCUUUAAGUUCACCAUCUGUCAAUUUUCCCAAGCCUUCUUUAGAGCCAGAUUGUGUUAAAUUGAGCAGUAUUUCCCAGUCUUUUGAUGUUCCCGAUGAACCGAAGAGCGUACAAAAUAAGGCUGACCCAUCUGAACAGAAGAUAUUUGAAUCCAUGAAGUAUGAAAUUAACCGCUUAAAUUCCUUCAGAGGUAAAUGGCCAAAGGAUUUCAUAAAACCAGAAGAUUUGGCAGAAGCUGGCUUUUUUUAUUUGCAAUCAGAAGACAGAGUACAGUGUCCGUUUUGCUACGUCAUAGUUUUUAACUGGGGACGAGGUUACAGACCUUUGAAAGAACAUUUAAGACAGUCUCCAGCAUGCCCUUUUCUUUUGAGUAGCAGUGUUGGAAAUGUGCCACUUAGUCGUCAUGUGUCAGCUCCUCUUACACUUUCAUCAGAGAAAUCAGGCUAUUCUUCUCGAACUACAUCUGCUGCUUAUAAGCCCAAGCAUCCAGCAAUGGCAGAUAUAAAAAGGCGUCUCCUCACUUAUAAAGGUUGGCCUUUAACGAUGUUAACUCCUCAACAGCUUUCAGAGUGUGGUCUUUUUUAUACAGGAGUUUCAGAUCUUGUAACAUGUUAUUUCUGUGGAGGAUCUUUGGGAAACUGGGAUUUGGAAGAUGAUCCUUGGGUUGAGCAUACCAAAUUCUUUCCUGACUGUGCAUUCCUUGCUCUUUCCAAGAAUCAAUCUCGAAGGCCUGAAAAAGUAAAUCAGAGGUCAUGCAAUUUGCAGAAAUUGAGUAUGCCUGUGCCAAAAAAUCCUGUUGUAAGACAUCUGCCCAGAGGUCUUUUAAAUAAUGAAGUUGUCUGUGAAGCUAUGAAGAUUUUUCCCGAAUCUUUGGUUCAGAAAGUUGUCUUUGAACACUUCAGUACAGAAGGACAAAACUUUACUUCUUUACAUGAGUUAUGUGAAGCUAUUCUAGCAUAUGAUGAAAAUAAAAAAACUGUCCCGGCAAUAUCUUGUUCUUCACAAGCAAUUUGUUCUGACAGCAAGAUUUUAGAGAAUGGGGUAAAUGAAGUAAAGGAUGUGUUGUUAUGUAAAAUUUGCAUGGACUCUGAAAAACAAGUAGUAUUCAUUCCUUGUGGGCAUUUGAUCUCCUGUGAAAAAUGUGCUCAAGCACUUGACAACUGUGCAGUUUGUCGGAAGCCCAUAACAAAUAGAGUGCGAACUUAUUUGAGCUGAUUUCUUUUGAAUAUAAUUACAAAACAAAAAUUGCUACAUGUACUGUGAUAUUAUGAACUUUAAUUUAAAUCAUCCAGAGUAGUUGAUUUCAAGGUAAGAGCUAUUCUAGGAAAUAAAUUGGUUUAAAAAAAUGGGAUGAACCUUAAAAGUAACAGCAGUUACUACUUUACAAAGCGGUCUAUGCUUAUAGUGCUGCUUGUUUAAAGUUUUGGACUUGAGCUUGUAAUGCAUUGCCGUAUUCUUGUGUGUAUAAGCUGGAACCGUAGUUUUUUUUUAACCUCCAGUUGAAAAUUUUUUCAAACAUAAGCUUUCUCUUCGCUGAGACAGAAUUUUUUUUAUCAGUCAAAAGAAAUGUUUUUUAACCUCUUAUUGUAGUUGUAGGUAUUGUAAAAAUUAGUUGUCUGCUGUAGCAGUAUCACCAUCACUGGUACCUGUAUUCCACAGAUGUCAUCAAGACCUGAAAUCACUUUUUUUGUUUUUGUUGUUAAAAAAUGUUUGCCUUUUACACAAGAGAAUAUGGUAAAUCGAGGAAAAUGACCUUUUAACCAGAGUAGUAACUAGCAACAGUUACUAUUGUAGAAGUAGGCACAAGGUAAAUAUACUAACUGCUGAUAUUGAUCCAAUAGCUGACAUUGUUAAAUAUGGCUUUAAUAAAGUUAACUAUUCUUAAAUAAGGGUAAAAUGUGGAAAAUUAAAUGUUUCUGAAGUUUUUGGGCAGAUGUAAUUUGGUUCACAUUUACCAGAUGACUAGUAAUGAAAAGUUUACCAAAAUACAUCUGUACAAGUAUUGUAAAAAAGCUUAGAAAUGCCUCAAUUAAAAUACUAGAAAUACUAUAAUAGAGUACCAAAUGGUACUCAAAUAUAAUAAUUCUAAUAUGGUACUAAUAUAAUAAUGUCUACCUUUGGAUCAAAAUUUUCCUCUUGUGAAGGGGUAGAUAAUCAACUGCUUUUGAAAAUAUAUUAAGAACAUGGGCUUGAAAUUAAAUUUUGUAAGAAAUAUAUAUAUAUAUAUGUAAAAGUAUUUAAACUUCCAAAAAAAUUUCCUUAAUAAGGUCUACCUUUGGAUCAAAAUUUUCCUCUUGUGAAGUGGUAGAUAAUCAACUGCUUUUGAAAAUAUCGUAAGAACUUGGGCUUGAAAUUAAAUUUUGUAAGAAAUAUAUAUAUAUGUAAAAGUAUUUAAACUUCCAAAAAAAUUUCCUUUAAAUGCCGAAAAGAUGCUGUGUGAGAUUAAUAAUUAAAUUAGAUUUGCGGGCAGGUUCAUGAUCUGUGUGUAGUAUAUUAUUUUAAUGAGUUUUCAUUACAUUUCUGUGUAAUGGUGUACCAGUCAAAAAUGUUACCAUGAAAUCAAACUAAAUAGUGGCAGUCCUCAUGGGAAAAAAAAAAAAAAAACUUGCUGCAUGUGUUAUGCAACAUAUGUAUGUUUACUAUGCACAAUACCAAAUUUACAAUUUUGAUGCUUUUUUAAGUGAACAUAAAUCUUUGUGUACAUGGGGGAAAAGUGUUUUAUGUGUACGACUAAACCAAUUUUCCUGUAUACCGAGUGAUCUGUUUACACAUA